AAUACACUCCGCUGGCUUAGAGGCUGUGCCGCUCUGCUUCGGAGGCUCCUUUCCAAGGCUGGAUCGCCUUGGGUAUCUCAUCAGAGAUGCUGGCGCGGUUCGGAAGGCGCUGUGGACAGGCACGGGAAAGCACGGAAAUAAAGAACUCUGAAGAUCAAGUUCUCUAUCCACCUCUUCUACCUAGUAAGGAGGAUCUCCGGCAGGUCACCAUAAUUCCACACGAUGAGUGGAAAAGGAUUCGAGAUAGCCUUGACGGUUUGACAAGAAAAGCCGCAUGCCUUCGUGCAGAAAGAGAGGCCAAGAAAGAAAUGCAUUUCCGAUCCCAUGAAAUGGCAAAACAUUGGACUAAUACGUACGCAGGGAUGAAAGAACAGAAACUUAAAGCCAAAAAGAAGCAUGAUGAAGAAAUAGAGGCAGAAAGACAAAUUCUUGAUUUGGAAGACGAAAUAUAUAAACAAGGAGAAAGAAAAAAGGCCAUCGAAUAUGCAAAGCAGUUUCAAUUUUACCAGACAGAAAGAGUGAAAAACUUUCAUUCAGGACUUCUUCUUAGUAGAGUUAUGAAAGAACGUGAUGCACAGAUUGAAUCCAAAAAGAACCAAAUAAAAUCAGAUAAAAAAUGGGAGGAACAAUUGAAACUAAACAUUGAAAAAGCUUUUAAGGAAGAAGAAGGAAAAGUAGAAAAACGACGCAGGGAUAGAGUGGCUCUUGCCAAUGAUCAUUUAAAACAAAUAAAGGAACAUGAAGAGGAAGAAGAAAGAAGGAGAAAACUUGAAGAAAAGGAUGCUGAGGAAAUAAAGCGACAGAAUUCAUUGUAUGAAAUAGAAAUGAGAAAAAAAUUAGAAAAGAAGAAAGAAGAGAUAAAUGAAAGCAGGAGACUGUUUUUUGAACAUAUGAAUGAUAAAAAUAUCAUCAAAGCUGUAGAACAGCAGCAGCAAGAGGAGGAAAAUGAAAAGAUUAGAAAAUUUAUCAAAGGCAAAAAGCGUCUUACACAAAGGAUGAAAGAAAAAGAAGCUGAAGCACGCAGGAUAAUGGAGGAACAUAGAGAAAGAAUAAAUAACUUCCUGAGUGAACUAAUGAAAGAGAAACUUGACAAUGAAGAUUUGAUUAUUGCUAGAGAUAUUGCAGAAGCAGAGGCUGAACAGGAAAAAAGAGAAAAAGAGAAAUAUGAAAAAAACAAAGCAGAAUUAAAAGCAAUUGCAGAAUAUAGAGGCAUUGUGAUGAAAAAUAAAGAGGAAGAAGAAAGACAAAGAAAAAUAGAGGCUAAAGAACAAUUGCUGGCUGUCCUGAAAGCAGAUCAGUUUUUUUGGGAGCAUGAAAAGGAGAAAAAACGCAAAGCUGAUAAAGAACAUCGAGAAGUUCAAGAUGCCCAUAUUCAGCAAAUGGCCAAAAAUAAGUUUAAUGCGAAGCAAGCAAAACAAGCAGAAUUAGAGUAUUGGAGACUUACUGAAGCUCUGAUGGCUGAAAAGGAGAAAGAAUUUCAGGAUUAUGCCAGAGAAGUAACUGAGCUUGAGUCUGAUUCAACAAGUAAAUAUAUUUAUCCUCUUGUAAAAGCUGCACAGGAAGGGCCUGGAAGUGGCCCUGGACCCGUUUGUAUGGACAGAGGUGGAUUAAGACCCAGCUAUCAGGCAAACGAUGCCAUUGGAGUCCAGCUCCCUUUCUGUAACUCUCAGGGGUCAAACUAUAAUUUUCAAAAGUCUAAGGGAAGGCUAGGUUUUAUGUGGUAGAAAAAAGUUUAUUUUCAAAUGUAAGUGAAUUAUAUGCUUUUAAUUUAAUAAAACUGCUCAUCUAAAUACAAUUAUGUCUGAUCUUCACCACCCAAGGUUAAUUAACUCAUUCUUUUUUAAGACUUUGAUAAAAUACAUACACAGUAUUUUAGCAACUUACAAAUGUUUUCAGUGGCAUUUAUAUUCAUAACAUUGUAUAGCCAUUACCAUUAUCUGGUUCCAGAACCUUUUCAUUGCUCCACAUGGAAACUGUCCCUAACACUCACUCCCCGCUCCCCUUCUGCCUGGCCCCUGGCAACCACUAAUCUACUUUGUCUCUAAGAUUUGCCUAUUUUGGACAUUUCAAAUAAAUGGAAUCAUACUGUGGCCUUGUUUCUGGCUUAUUUAUUUCAUUUAGCAGUUUCAAGGUUCAUACAUAUACCAUUAUCAGAGGCACAUGUGUAAUUUUUUUUAUAGCUGAAUAUUCCACUGGAAGUCUUUCCUCUUAAGAAACUUAUGUACUUAUUUACCUUAUUAUUCAAUACUUAAAUUUGUUUCAAAUAACACUACCCAUAUUACUAACAAUUAUUUCUGAAUUUCUGAAUUUGUGGUUUAGAGUGUAUCUCAUUACACAUGUGCAAAUUACCAUGUUUUAAGGUCACUUGAAAUAAUCACAUGUAGUUAGGUGACCAACUUGAUAUAGGGGGUUUUA